AUGGAGGAAGUAAGGAACAGGCACCCUAGCUACUACGCGAGAAAGCUUGUUAAGCAAGGCUACACUAUAAUCACCUACGGCGCCGCCCACCAGAACGAAUCCGGGGGUCUCCCUCGCUACCUUGAGCAUCCACCAACCCGCGUCUCCGAUGUAUCUGCAGUAGCAGACUACCUGCAAACUCUUGAAUGUGUCGACUCCAGCAAGAUCAAUCUGCUAGACAUUUGCGCGGGUGGUGGCUAUGCUACUGCUGCAGCAACUGCCGACCACUGCUUCAAAGCCAUUGCUAUUAUCAGUGCCUACAACUUGAAUAAUGGUAUGGGCCUUGGGCACGCCGGAGCAGACGACCCUGCCAUGCAGAUCGGCACCCUUGGCCACGUUGCAGGAAUGGCUACAGGAGUCUGA